AAGCAAGUCAGGCCCCUUAUCAAAGUCGCGCUAUCUCGACAACAACACUCAUUCUACCUCAGUUUCGCCUUCGCUUGCUCCAAAGCUGCAGCCACGACUUAGUCGGAGAUGGCUACGGGCUUCCCGUACGAGAUCAGGGAUGUGGAUCCCGAGACCAACCGGCAGCUCCUCCGGGACUUCACCGGGGAGAGGACCGGCUUCCUGAAGGUCGGGCCUCAGGAGUGGCUGCUGGCCAGCAAGUACCGCCGCCUGGCGGCCGAGGUCUACAACUUCAAGGUCAGGCCGGAUGACGUGUGGGUCGUCACCUUCCCGAGAUCAGGUACAACGAUGACACAGGAGCUUGUGUGGCUUGUAGCAAAUGACCUGGACUACAAAACUGCCAGCAAGGUAGAUCUUCUCCAGAGAUUCCCAUUCAUAGAGUUCUCCAUCGUCAACCACGACGACUUCAUCGCCGAGCUGAAGGCGGAGAAUGCGGGCAGCCCAGGGGCGCAGGCCACGCUGGACUCGCUCGCCGCGUCGCAGGUGGACGUCCUGGACCAGGCAGCAUCCCCGCGCUUCAUCAAGACGCACCUGCCGCUCAGCCUCCUGCCGCCGGACCUGCUCUCGGCGGGCUGCAAGGUGGUGUACGUAGCCAGAAACCCCAUGGAUGCGGCUGUGUCCUUCUACUACCAGAACAGACUUCUGAGGAACAUGGGUUAUGUCGGCGACUUCCCCAAGUACUGGGACUACUUCCAGAAGGGUCUCGUUCCAUGGUGUCCAUAUUGGCCCCAUAUCAUAGAAGCUUGGAACCAAAGAAACAACCCUAACUUGCUGUUCAUGUUUUACGAGCAUGUGGUAAAGGACAUGCCAGGUACCAUACGGAAGGUGGCCAUGUUCCUUGGAAAACAGAUGACAGACGCCCAAGUGCACAAGCUGGCCGACCACAUGCACAUCGACAACUUCAGAAACAACCCUUCCGUCAACAUGGACGUCCUAGACAAGUUGGGCAUCAUCAGUAAGAAUGAGCAGAGCUUCAUCAGAAAAGGCAAGCCCGGCGGCUGGGCCAGCGAGUUCACGCCGGAGAUGAAGGAGAGCUGCGACAAGUGGAUCGAGGAGAACCUCAGCAACACGGACCUCCGCUUCCCGUGGUAGCGAAGGCGUCGUCUGCCACGGCGCGUUGGGAAAUCCAUGUCUCGAAUCCCUGUCAAUAGGGUGCUCAAACUUGCUGUUGGACUGUUCGCGCGGGUUUGCGAUUUUGUUCAUGCUCUACCAAAUUAGUUUCUCUCUAUAUCAGGAUCUCACUUAGUAUACUCGUAAGACGUAGAUUGUGCAUUCUCGAAUUGUGCAUGAUACCUAGAGAUACUUGUUCAGUAUUUCAAGAAGUAAACCUGUGGCCUUCCUCUCACCAUUAUUGUUCCACAAAAAUAAACUUACUAGUUCAAACAAAAGAAAUUAAAAAUAAUUAUCAAAUAAAUGUUAGCCACGCACUUAAAAUCAAUAGCACUGAUUAUUUCGUUAUUGUAUGUGAAUACAAAACAAAAACUCUUUAUUAUUAUAUAAUUUUCAAAUAACGUAUAAUAAUAUAGAAAUAAAACACAAGCUUACACCACACUCUUUUAAGUAGUAAUUUGUCAGUCAUAUAUUUUUAUUUUUUAAUAAAAUGUAUGGACAUGGCGUCAUUCUGUGGGGGGACAUAUUCUAAUUAUAUUUAUAAAUUUACAGGUGACAAAAGUAACCUAGAUUUAAAGUAACAAAGUUUUGGUGUAAAAUUUGUGUGAUGAAUAUUAAAGAUUACUAACUAUAGGUAAA